AUGGUCCCAUCUCACUUUUUCCUAUCUUUCAGGAGAAAGAAAUGUAUAUGUUGGAUAUGUUUGGAGGAAUCCACAUAUGACUCUACAUGGCUACAACACACAUGUGGUUGUAACCUACAAAUACAUAAAAGUUGCUAUUUAAGAUGGCUAUAUCAAAUACACAUCGAACUUUUUCUUUCAGACCCAACCAAUUUACCAAAGGGUGCAGAUUUACCCAUCAUUACUAGUCUCAAAUGUCUCGUCGAUGGGCAUCAUGAUUUCAUGACAACCUUUUCCCUGACUGAAAUAUGGGAGACACGUCCUAUUUGGGGACAAAAACCAGUACCCUUUCAAAAUGACUACGUGUUCAAUUUAUUGUCUCUUUAUACAAAACGGAAUAAUCAUCCCCCUUAUGUGUUAGUGAAAUUUGGCGAAUGUCCCCAAUGUAAGAAAACAAAUUUCAUAAAUAGGCCUACGGUAACCAUUCAGUCUCCUGUACUAUCCUUAUUUUACCAGUGGCAAAAAAUUACGCGAUACGUGAUUCCAUUGGGGAUCACUAGUUUAUUUCUUCUAAAUCCUGAAAAGACAAGCUUCGAUCUUGGAUUGUGGCAAUUACGCUGCCUAUUUCCCGAAAAUGUCCUACGAAAUAUGUUGAACAUAAGCACUACAAAGGCACUGGACGUAUAUGCACAGACCGAACGCGGUUUAUUGAGCAUUCCUCUCUCCUCUUCAAUCAUAAUAUAUGGGUUCUUACAUUAUUUAAGCAAUAUCUCAAACGUGAGUGCUAAUGCAAUACUCUUUAAGUGGGUGUAUCUUAACAUCGUCAAGACUGCCGGAAACAAAUAUUAUAAAGGGAUAGCUUUACCCAAAAUAAUUUUGUAUUCUAACUUGGCCACAUUUUGCUACAAUUUUAGCUUCAAGAGGCUUCUUGAUCUGAUUUACAAUAAAUUGUUAAACAAAGGCGCCAAAAAUUUAUAUCAUGGAGAUUUUGAAAAUGCCAACCAUAGCGUCCCCGUUGAUGAUUUUUUUGUCAGGCGUAGUUGGUAUACUAUUCUUGCAGAAAAGAUAAUAUGGCCGUUUGUCGGUAAAUGUGCAGGUGGUCUUCUAUUUAAUCUUUUUCUAUGGAUACAGAAAAUGUUUAAAAUUGGAUGGUCGCCAAAUUGCUCUCCUUCGGAGUUUAGAAUGAUUUUUAAUAUUAUAGGUUGCGGUACAGCCGCCAUCGGUUGGUCCAGUUUGAAGCUCUACGCCAAUUAUAAAAGAUGUCAGGAACUUGAAGAAAUCAACAGAUUCGUUGAAGAAAACUGCAAAGAUGAGUAA